UUUUUGGCGAACGGACAGCGCUGGAUGCAUGAGGAUUUAUUAGUGUAUUUGUAAAUCUUGCGUCAGUCGUGACCGCUAAAAGUCAACCGAAACAGUGAGAAAACAAGCUAAAAUAAUUCGUCUGCCGCUAAAUUCGGACUAACGUGAAACACAAAAAGUGAUUUAUGGAAGCUGUGGUGACGCAGUAAGAGCUAAAAAGUCCAGUUUUCCCCUAAAACUAUGAUUAGUAUGUUGCGACAUUUUUAAUUUUGCACACUAAACGGUUUUUAUGUGACAUUUAGUCAACGUAACUUCUAAGCUAACUUAGACAACAAGUGUUUGUUAGCGGCUAACUGCAGUAAAUGGUUGUUUACGUGGAGCUACAGGAGAAGUCUGUCUGAACAUGGAAUACGUCAGGACUUUAAAACCCUUGUUGAGCAUCCCCCACCGGUGGAUACCUGUCAGGUGUAUCCAGCCCAGGUACUGUUCUAAGUCAGCUGUCACUUCAACAGAGAGGAGGACAACUGUAGGCAAGUUCAAGAGUCAGAUAUCCUCUGGUCCAAGCUUUCAGGAUUUCAUCAAAGGAGUUAAUACCAAUAAAAAGAUCAGUUGUGAUGUUGAUGGAGAACUUUCACACAGACAUGAGUAUCUUCCUGAAGACCUGGAGAUGGGAAACUCACGGAAAGUGUAUUUUGAAACCUAUGGAUGCCAAAUGAAUGUAAACGACACAGAGAUAGCUUGGUCCAUCCUCCAGAAGAAAGGAUACCAACGCACAGUUCAUUUAAAUGAGGCGGACGUUGUCCUUCUGGUGACGUGCUCCAUAAGAGAAAAGGCCGAACAGACAAUUUGGAAUAGACUACAACAACUAACAGCCAUGAAGAAGAAACGAUUAAAGACUCAGACGCCAAUGAAAAUUGGGAUUUUGGGCUGCAUGGCGGAGAGACUGAAGACGGAGCUUCUGGAGCGAGAAAAGCUGGUCGAUGUCCUCGCUGGUCCCGAUGCUUACCGCGACCUUCCCCGUCUCUUGACUGUCGCUGACGGAGGAAUUCAGGCCAGCAACGUGCUGCUGUCUUUAGAGGAGACGUACGCCGACGUCAUGCCGGUCCACCACGCUCCUCGGGGAUACAGCGCUUUUGUGUCCAUCAUGCGAGGCUGCGACAACAUGUGCAGUUACUGCAUUGUUCCCUUCACCCGAGGUAGGGAGAGGAGUCGACCUGUUAGCUCCAUCCUUGAGGAAGUUCGCAUGCUGUCUGACCAGGGUGUGAAGGAGGUGACGCUGCUGGGUCAGAAUGUCAACAGCUACAGGGACACGUCAGAGCAACAGUUCUGUGGCUCAGACGCGACCAGGCUCAGCCGAGGCUUUAAGACCGUCUACAGAUUAAAACAGGGAGGUCUGCGCUUCUCCGACCUGCUGGACCAAGUGUCACGCAUCGAUCCUGAUAUGAGGAUCAGAUUCACUUCUCCUCAUCCCAAGGAUUUCCCCGAUGAGGUUUUGCAUCUGAUUGCGGAUCGAGGGAACAUUUGCAAGCAGAUCCACCUUCCAGCCCAGAGUGGAAGCAGCCAGGUUCUGAAAGCAAUGCGCCGCGGUUACACCAGAGAGGCCUACCUUGAGCUUGUGAAAAACAUUAAGCAGAUCAUCCCAGGUGUGAGUCUCAGCAGUGACUUCAUCUCAGGCUUCUGUGGCGAAUCCGAGGAUGACCAUCAGCAGACGCUGUCUCUAAUCAGGGAGGUGGGCUACAAUGUGGGUUUCCUCUUUGCCUACAGCAUGCGAAAGAAAACCCACGCCUUUCAUCAGCUGCAAGAUGACGUACCACCAGAGGUGAAGCAGCGCAGACUGGAGGAGUGCAUCGGCGUAUUUAGGGAAGAAGCCAUGAAGGUCAACAGCAGCCUCAUCGGCAGCACACAGCUCGUACUGGUGGAGGGAGAAAGUAAAAGAUCUGCUGAGGACCUGUGUGGGAGAACUGACGGCAAUAUGAAAGUGAUUUUCCCCAAAGAGGAUAUUGCUGUUCAGGCUGCGGAGUCCGGCUCGGCACCAAUCUGUGCUGGAGACUAUGUGCUUGUGAAGGUUUCAUCGGCCAGCUCCCAGAGCCUGAGAGGUCGAGCCCUCAGUCACGCGUCCCUGAGAGGCUCAGCGAAGCACGGUGAGACUCGGACAGAACCACGAUCCAUGUACGUCGCUGAUUCACUCGGGUGACACCACAUGAAACAGUUAUCGAGGCACCUUUCCUUACUUCUGUUGUCUGACUUCGAAAAAUGCACUGAGGCUGUAUUUCUUGUGGGAAUUUUGCUCAUAUUUGUCACUUGGACUGCUGUUACCAGCUAUACUGUUAUUUACAUUCACUACCAACUAUGUGUAUGUGUCUAUGUACAUGUUGAACUAUUUAUUAAAGAGGAUGAUAUAUACUUUGUUCAAACCAGCCCUCUGGUGAAAAUCACUUUUAUUUGCCUUGUUAACCUGUCAUUAUUCUUCAAAUGUGGAAAAACAUAUCUUGAGUGAUACAAUAAGUCGACAUUGUUGCUGAGGGGUUGCUGAGGGGUUGCUGAGGGGUUUCACCUUGAGACUGCUCAAAAAAUACAGAUGUAAACAUGCA